AUGACGGCGGAGGCUUCGGAGUCGCGGUCGGUGGAGCAGCAGUCAUCACUGAUUGCCAACCCUGCGCUCGCGAGGCAGUACUCCACUCUCUGUGUCGCGUCGUUCCUCUGGGAGUGGAACUUCUCCCGUACGCUCUGGGGGAACACCUACCUAUCGCAGAUGCCGGAUAUUCUGCACAUCAUCUACCUUGGGUUCUGGCUGUACGUUCGCGCCGCACUGCGUGGACCCGAGGGACGCGCCGCCACCUUAGACGCGCGACAAAAUGCACUACACCCUGGUGCAAGGCUGGCGGGUCUGCUAACUCCUGGUGAUGCAGCGUAUUGGGUCUCCGGUGCCAACUUCACGGCGUCGGAGCACGCCGGCGUCAUGAUGAUUGUACCUUUCGUGCUGGAGGGCGAAGUAGCGGUGAUCAACAGCCGCACGAUUGUCGCCUUCCUGGACUGGCACGAGACAUUCGUGAGGGCAGCGGUGCACACAGAUGAGAGCCUGAGCGCCUUCGACACUGCCACCCACAGGAUGGUGCAGUUGGUGGAGAGCACCUUCCCUCGCGAACACGCCGGAUGGAACCUUGUGAAGGUGCACCUGCUGCUUCACCUCACGGAGGCGAUUCGAAGGGGUGGGCUGCCUCGAGAGUACUCAGCAGCGGUGUACGAGAACGCACACAUCCGUACCUGCAAGAGGCUGUACCGCAGGUCCAAUCACCGAGACCUGAUGCGGGCGAUUGCGCAGCACAACACCAACACGGCUCUUCUGACCCGCCUCCCAACCAACCUCGAGGAAGAUCGCCAGUACAACACGGCGAUGCGCCGGGCGAUCGCCGCUGGUCUGCCCCAGCUGUGCCGCCAGCGAUCCCGGAUGCACAGUGCGAUCAGCGACAGGGAGCAGGCGCCCCUGGACCUGUACGCGACGUACGAUGCCGCGAUCCCCGGAGGCAUCGGGCCCUACGCCUACCUGACGCGCCUCUACGGCUACGUCUCUUUUCCAGCAUGGGUCCACACGGCGCUGGCUCUGCCAGCCCGCGAGACGGACUACGGCCUGAUCAGGCUGCACUAUGUCCGCGCCAGCCCCUCGCACCAUGGCGCUCCCGCCUUCUCGUUCAUCGAAUAUGAGAACGGGAGCGGGGAGACCGUGCACGGCCGCGUGCACCUUCUCCUGACGCUGAUGCUGAACAGCGAGGAUGCACACCCCGCGGGAGAGGCCGUGGCAUUUGUGAGGCAGUGGUACCCCUCCCAGGUGGACGAAGGCACUGGCUGCAUGAGGAUGCGGCCCUCCGAUGACGAGCUGAGCUACGAUCUCGUGCCGGUCAUAGCCGUGCAGAGGACCGUGCACAUGGUGGAGUCGUUUGUGACUCCUGGUCUCUGGUAUCUGAACAGGUGGGCGGGCCGCUGCCGCGAGGAGUUGACCUAA